AACCAAUGCAUAAUUGCUGCUUAAUUAGAAUUGACCUGAUAUGUAGAGUAAAAUCUAAUUUAAACGUUGACGAAGUGAAUAAAUAGAAAAAGAUGAGUUUUCAGUUUUAGCUACGUAUUUGCGCCAGGCGGUGCACAAAAACCGGUUCCCAUCGUUCAUAUAAAAGAGUUUGCAAAUCCUGCCGGCUCGGUCGCGGUCGUCACAUCAUCGUUAAGGGGUGGGGAACGUCACUUCUCCGUUAUUAUGCGCCAGCAUCCUUACAGUUAAGACAGUACGGUUGUUUUUUUUCCCCAAGUAGAAUUAUUUUACGCUCAGUCUGCACUUCACACCAACACCCGAUACACUAAUUUCUUCUUAAAAGUGUUUUUCUUACUGAUUCGGUCGCCUCGUAGCUUUUACCAGUUCAUUAGCUAGGCUGAGAUGCUAACAUUAGCUAGCUGAGUCGUGCAAAACGUAGUCAAAGAACCGCCUGCUACAGACGCUUUCUGUGGGUAAAAAACACCGUCAGUAUGGCCUUAUCGGAAACAGAAAACAGUUACCAAGGAGGAGAAGAAGAAGAGGCAGAUGUUAUUGUUAAAACGUGUGUUUUGGGAGGUUUCAGCGAGAGCAGUGAGACCCGAACACUCAUUGGUAGUCUGCCAGAGAUCCACGAAGCCGAGCGAGUAAAGAAGGUUGCAAUUGAGAAGUUCAAAGUAAUAAUGGACAGAUACCAGGAGCAGCCUCAUCUGCUGGAUCCACAUCUAGAAUGGAUGACAGAGAUGCUGCUGAACUUCACAAGGAGUGAAAAUUCACCCCCUUCAUUGGUUCACCUGAGCUUCAAGUUCCUCUUUGUCAUUUCUAAGGUGAGAGGCUAUAAAAUCUUCAUGCAGCUUCUUCCUCAUGAGGUGUCUGAUGUCCAUCCAGUUCUGGAGCUGAUGUCCAGACAGGAUCCCAAAGACUUAGAGACUUGGGAAACGCGCUACAUGUUGUUGCUGUGGCUGUCCGUGGCCUGCCUAAUCCCGUUUGACCUUUCUCGUCUGGAUGGUCACCUAGAAUCAGAAGGUGUUAAGAUUAGAGAGCCCGUCAUGGAGCGUAUUCUCGCUGUUGCAAAGACUUACCUACUUGUCAGUGACUCUCCUAGAGAUGCUGCCUCAGUUCUUGUCUCAAAGUACCAGAGAGGCAAUCGCUCCCUUGCUGCUAACCUUGCUAUCUCUCACGCUGCUGCAGCUGCUGCUGCUGUCUCUCCUGAGACAGAAACACAAGAACAGGAUGAGGACUACGAUAUUCCUGAGGAGGUGGAAACUGUGAUUGAGCACCUGCUUGUUGGCCUGAAAGAUAAGGAAACAGUUGUGCACUGGUCUGCAGCAAAGGGCAUUGGGAGGGUGACUGUGAGGCUUCCUCAGGAGCUGGCAGAUGAUAUGGUUAGAUCAGUUUUGGACUGCUUCAGUUUUCAGGAAACGGAUAAUGCCUGGCAUGGAGGCUGCCUUGCCCUGGCAGAACUAGGAAGGAGAGGUCUGCUGCUUCCAUCACGAUUGACUGAUGUCGUGCCGCUUAUAAUCAAGUCACUGAGCUACGAUGAGAAGAGGGGAGCAUGCAGUGUCGGUUCCAACGUGCGCGACGCUGCCUGCUACGUCUGUUGGUCUUUUUCCAGAGCUUAUGAACCUAAAGAACUUCAGCCAUUUGUCACCCAGAUUGCAAGUGCCUUGCUGAUCACAGCUGUGUUUGAUCGAAAUGCCAACUGCCGCAGAGCUGCCUCUGCUGCCUUCCAGGAGAAUGUCGGCAGACAGGGCACCUUCCCUCAUGGUAUUGACAUCUUGACAGCAGCAGACUACUUUUCUGUGGGAAAUAUCAGCAACUGCUAUCUGAACAUUAGUGUCUACAUAGCUAGUUUUCCAGAGUACACCAAAUCCAUCAUCGACCAUUUGAUAUCCAGAAAGAUCAACCACUGGGACAGUGCGAUCCGAGAGCUUGCCACAAAAGCACUCCACAAUCUGACGCCUCAAGCACCCGAUUAUAUGGCAACAACAGUUUUGCCACAGCUGUUGAUCGCAGCGGUGGCUGUUGAUCUCCACGGUCGUCAUGGAGCCAUUCUUGCAUGUGGAGAAAUCACAUAUGCUUUGUACAAAGUCGCACUUCUGACCAACAGGAGUGUGAUGGAUAUCAUUUCUCCAGAAAGUGUGGAUGCACUGAAGAACAUUCACAAUGUGCGUCAUGAAAGAAAACAAUACAGGGGCUUCGGUGGAGGGCUAAUGAGACCAGCAAUUUGUAGUUUUAUAGAAAAGUUGUUCCUGUCUAAAAUGCCUUUCAAGGACGACCCCAUAAUUACUGGGUGGCAGUGUCUAAUCGAUGACACCAUAAAGAGUCUUCAUCUCUUUUCAAGUGGACUGAAGAUGAACAUUGUUGUUGCCGUAGUAACAGCCUUAUCCGCCUUGUGUGAGGAGUACUACCAGGACAAAACAAACCAGGCUGACGCACAAAUACAAGAUGUGCUCAUAUCCCAGUACCUCGAUGGGCUGAAGAGUUCCCAGGUGCUCACUCGUUGUGGAUCUGCUUGCGCCCUCGGCUGUCUGCCGGGAUUUAUGGUCCACAGCAAAUUGAAGCAGAUCUUUGAAGGCCUUCAGCAUAUGUGUGCAGUCAGCCAGAAGGAGGGGAAUUUCACGGAGGCAAGGAGAAAUGCAGUCAGAUCAGUAGCUCAGGUCUUUAUGAAGGCAGGAGUUUGUCCCCACGGCUGCCCUGACUCCGUCCUCUGCUCUGAGAAUAUCGCUGAGGUGUAUGGCGUUCUUCUCAGCAGCCUCGACGACUAUACAACAGACAGCAGAGGGAACGUAGGGGCCUGGGUAAGAGAGGCAGCAAUGACAAGUCUAAAGGAACUCACUUUGAUGGUGGCCAACAGUGCUCCAGAGAUCCUUUCACCAAACCUGGUGAAGUCUAUGAUGUGCUGCCUGGCCCAACAGGCUGCAGAGAAGAUUGACCACUACAGAGCCCAUGCUGGAAACAUCUUCCUGCACCUCCUUCACAACGCCGAGCCUGUAGUACCUCACAUCCCCCACAAGGUGGAACUGUUGAGCAUCUUUCCUGUUGAGACCAUAACCAGCCUAAACUGGAAUGCCCCAUCCCAGGCUUUCAAGUACAUCGCACAGCUGCUUGGAUUGCCUGAGUAUCAGUACCACACCCUGCUGGGGCUCUCUGUGUCAGUGGGAGGGAUCACAGAGUCCACAGUUCAUCACUCCUCGCAGUCAUUCUUUGUCUUCCUGAAAGAGAUUCAGAACAACAGCAACGCUCUGACACAGUUUGCACAAACGUUGCUGAGGAUCUUUAGGGAUAAUCUUCACAAUGACAGAGUAUGUGUUCCCUUACUUAAGAUGCUCAGUCAGAUGCUUGCUAACAGCUUUUUUGAAAUCUUCACCACGCAAGAAAAUCACCAGGUCUGUGUGGACUUUUUAGUUCUUUGCAAAGAGUUAAGAAAGUCCAGGGAUGUAGUCAAGCUACGUGCCUGUGUGGACGUAUUCUGUGGACUGAUUCAGUUCCAGGGAGACGUGAGGAAGAAAGUUUUGUCCCAGCUGCUGUUGCUGCUCUGCCAUCCAUUCCCAGUGAUAAGGAAGACCACGUCCAGCGAAAUGUAUGAGAUGCUACUGACCUAUGAUGACAUUACUGAUCCAGAUGUGCUCGAUGAUGUCAUGACCUUGCGAAGUGACACUGAGUGGGAGAGCGACCUCACCACAGUACGGACACACAGGAAUCAGCUUUGCGAUUGGUUAGGGGUCCCCAGGCCACAGCCAAUUACCAAGGGCCCUGCCCAGGUUUCAUGAUUACUGGUGGCUGUUAAAUCCGGCAGCAGCUCUCUGAUAACAUCUUAAAGAAUUCAAAAAAACAAAACCAAAUGACUGAACAUGGUGUUCUUCUCUAAAUAUGUCAGGUAGUCUGUUUAUCUCCCAGAAAAUCGCACGGCAAGCAUUGCAGCCUGUUCAAAUAAUUGAACAUAAAUGAAAAAGUAAAGUAUAUCUGUCACAGUUGCUCCGUUAUUGUCGCUGCAGAUGCUUACCAAUAGCAACCCUUUUCUUUGAUGUUGAAUUCAUAAAACAAUAAAUGACCUUAAACGUA